AUUGGAAACUUUACUUUGAAUAAAAAUCGAUGGAUCACAUUUUUGAAUUCUUCUUUGUCUACUUCUCGCCCGGACUUCUCGAUAUGAUUGAAUUUGAUACUGAUAUAGGCACUCUGUUUUUUUUUUUUUUUUUUUUUAACUUUUCGUUAUUGCCGUGUUUUGCGGUUCUAUUCUAGCUUCAGGAUCUUUAUCUCGUGGCAUUAUCCUUUUUUCAUCGAUAGGCUUCACGUUAAGGUAGAAAUCAAAAUUCCGAGGAAUCUGUGUUUUCGUCACUGUUCAGUCAGUGGUUAUCUAUCGAAUGACAUUACCGUAAUGUAGUGACACAGACACUCGGACAGAACUGCAGUUCCACCGUUGGCGUUGCAUGUUGUCCCAUCUAUUGCAUUUCGUGUUACGUAUUAAGAACGCUGGACUUUGACCUACAUGUAGGAGGUUCAGAGAUAAUCUCAAGGAGGACUCCAGGAGUAACUUUACCUGUAGCUCAAGAUGGAGUCCAGCAAUUCUGAAGUAAGUGAGGUUCCAGACUUCAUCUAUGUUGCUGGUGGUCAGACCUAUGUUGCUACAUCCCAGGAGGAAGUCAGUAAGAUCAUCUCGUCCUAUGAGAGAGCAACCAUCGCAAGAUUUGUCGUUGAGCACCAGAGUACAAAAUUCAGCACAGAAGACUGGCAUGGUAAAAAGUUGUUUCGUUGGUCUCUCAAGAGUGUCCCUUCCGCCUUUGGACCAGCAAUUGUCAUAGGAACCAAGGUUCUGUGCUGUCACCAGGGUAAAGAUCGUCAUCUCAACUUCAAGAAGCUCAAAAGAGAACAGACAAGAUUAAAAAGGAUGGCUAAAGAUCAAGGUAUCAAAGAGAAAGAUCCUACAUCCAGAAAAUCCACCAAGAAAGUCAACUGCCCUGCUGCAAUCUAUAUCAAGAAAGUUGCAUUCUUUCCAGACUACCAGGUCACUGAAGCCACACCACAUAGAAAGAGGAUGGCAUGCAAGCGUUUCAACCAGGACCGUCUCAAGAGACCGGAGUCCAUUAAGGUUGAUGUCAAGUUCUUUGUAACACUGCCUGACUCUAAAGACCACAGAAAUCACCUUUCUGGGGAGGAUUUGUUCAAGAAAAUCAUGAAAAACAGAACUUUAUAUGAUCCACAAGCUAGCAUACCCAAGAAAAAGAAGAAGAAGAAAUCAAAGAAACGCAAGAAGCGGGAGAGAAAGAUGAAAAUGGCGGCUAUGGAGAUAGAAGAAAAAGAAGGUUUAGAAAAUAUGGCAUUUUCAUUUCUGCCAAGCACUUCAACAAGAGGUGAUGCAAGCAUUUCAGAGUACAGAAUGGAUGAAACAGAACAACUAGUCAGUGAUAAGGGACAAGAUGUGAAUAGUUUUGAACAGGUUGCAAGACCAAGAUUAAGUGUUCCACAAAGUUUUGGCAGUGUAGGAUCAAGUACACAUAUUUCAGCUCCAAGUUUGAGUGAUCCACAACAUGUUGCAGGAACAAGCAUCAGUACUCCUCAAAGUAUGGAUGUUACUGCAGGACAAAGACUCCAUAUUGCAAGACCAAGUCCAUGUAUUAGUGUUUCACAAAGUUUGGGUGUCAAUGCAGGAGAGAGUAUUCAUUUUGCAGGACCAAGUAUGAGUGUCCCAGGACAAAGAAUUGAUGUUGCGGGACAUAGUGUCUAUGUUGCAGGACAGAGUAAUCAUAUCGCAGGACAAAAUGUGAAUGUUGCGGUGCAAGGAAUAGAUGCUGUGGGACAAAAUUUAGAUGUUGCGAGGCAAGAUUUACAUGUUGCUAGUCAAGGUUUAGAUGUUGUGGGAUGUAAUUUAGGUGUUGCUGGAAACAACCUUGGUGUUAUGGGAGAAGAUGAAGAUGUUCUUGGACAGGACCUAAUCACUGUUGACAGAAGGCAGCUUUUACCGAUGGAUCAUCUCUAGAAUAUUGUUUAAACACUUGACAAUAGGGAUCAGGGUCUGUGCUAAUGUAUUUUGAUAGAAGGGCCAAUAUAACCUAAUUAGUUUGAAUUGGGGUGUUCUAUAGUUCCUCUCUUUCAGUCACUCUUCUUUCCUGGUCCUCCUUCGUUUUACUUCAAAACUAAAGGCGCAAGUGCCCCCCUUGUGGGACCCCCUGAAAGGGAAUUACUUGGAAGAGGUUUAAGAUCUUGCUCUAAUGGCCAGUAUUACUUUAUUUUUUUAAAUUGGCAUAUACUGUGCAUGUGGUACAUAAUUUAUUAUAAUGUAUUCAUAGUUGUCAAUGGCAUACAUGUAUUAUGUAUUGUUGUGUUGCUUAUGUUCACUGGCUCAAAAUCAAUUGGAAAAGUUGAAGGAAAAUCAGUAUGGGAGAGGCUUGCAAACUGCUUUCUUCUGUAUCUUAGUGCUCAAUAGUAUGUAUGUAGCUGAAUACUCACUGCCUCUGAGGGAAGCACUUUUUGCCAUCUUUCAAGAUCAUUUGAACAAGAUCAACAGUAUUGAUAUGAUGAUAGAACAACUCGGCUAUAAGUCAUUUCCCAUUUAUAUUAUACAAAUAUACAAGGCUUUGAGCAAAGAUUGCAGGAAUUAUUUGUCCAAGAUUGGACUGGCAUUACUAUUAUUGCCAGUACUUUAGAAAUAAAUGCCUGGUAUAUUUGUUUUAUAUCCUACAUUUGUCAAGUUAGAACAAUAGAUAUUGAUAAUCUAGUUUUUGUACACGUAGUUCAUCCUCUUUUAAUAUGAAUCAAAAUAUACAUGACGCCCUGCGCUGACUGAUCUACAUUCCCUGAAGCCACACGCUCAUGCAGCGGAACACGGAUUUGUGCCUGCGCCGUCCCUUCAGGGACUUGCUCGGUAGAGUCACCUCGCUGACCGGUGCACCAGACAAUGCAUGAUCUGUGACCUCAAUGAUGGAUUAGUGCACUAUUCUAUCAUUGACGUCACAGAAUAGUAAUUUUUCUUCAGUGGGCGUUUCAUUUUCAACAUGAUCGGAAAAUAGUGAGGAUAUGUUUGGUCACAUGAUGCUAUUUAGACCAAUCAGCAUACAGGAUUUAAUUGAUAUAGGAUAUGAGAAAUGUAAGUGCAAUAACAUUAUCUGUGAUGCCAGAAUCUUGCUAAAAUAUACAACUCACCUGUUUGUAUUUCUCUUUAUUUAGAAUUAUUGCCAUUAAAAGCUUUGGGUUUUUAUAAUCAUGAUCUUGUUACAUUUCCUUUUAUAGUGGUUUAUAAAAAUGAAUCUAUGAUGAUGAUAUUUUUUUUCACUUGCCCCCUUUUCUUGAGAAAAUGAUGGUUUGCCUAUUUUAUUAAACACUGUAAAUAAUGGCUAUGUGCAUUGUUUACAUUUUUAAAAUCUCUUGCCAUAAUAUGCUUUCCAUUUGCCAGGUAUUUUUAAUAUCUGAUAUUGAUAUGUACAUUGAUACUAGGGUCUAUAGUAAAAUUAUUGUUUGUGUUAAGGGAAUUAACUCAAAUGUUAGGAUUAGGAAGGUGAAUUUUAAAAAGAAUUUAAACCAAAUUCCACUUAGUGUGAAAAUUAUUAUUAUGAUUUUUUUACCAAAAAGCUUUUGAGUAAAAUAAAUUGGAAGAAGCAUACCUACCCUUAUUGACUAACUUCUGCGUAAAAAUUGAUAUGUCAAGCCAUUCAUACAUGAACAUACAUUAUAGGCAGCAUUUUUAAAUAUUUGUAUGUUUUAUUGAAACAAUGUCAGAGUGCACACUGACAAGAUGCUUUGUUCUUGCCAUAUUCAGAGAGAACUUAAUAUUGAUAUUGGAAUUACCUUUUUAAUUUGACAGACGUAUUUUGCCAUUCGAUAAGAAAACCUAUUUUACAUGGGAUUCUUAUCAAAAUAAAAAUAAAUGCGUACACAUUUUGUAAAAAUCACUUCUCAAUCAUUUUGAAUUGCUAAAAAUGUCGGGAUAUAAUCUUUGAAAUUCUUGAGAUGCAGUCACUAUUCAAUUAUUUUCGUUAUUGGUGAUUAUGAUUGUCACUUCUUGUAACAGUGAAAUUUUUGAAGAAAAUAAGAUAUUUUGUCCAGUUACAAUAGAACUGUGUAAUACAUGUACAUGUAGUAAAUUAUUCAUAAGAAGUGGUUACAUGCGGUUCUAUAGGUCCUGUCGCUUGUAUUCAGAUCAUUGAAAUCAAAUUGCUAAUUUGAUAUGAUGUAUAUAUUAAUAUUUAUUUAUUUCUAGUGUAGUUCUACAGGACAGGUGAUACCCUCAAUGAGUCUUUAAUGUAUGUAUAGCAGUCAUUCUUUGUUUUCAAUUGGUCUAAUGCCAAUUCAUCCACUUACCAACUCGUCUACUAUCACUUGGUCUACCAUCAGUUGGUCCACUAUUCACAUGGUCUUAUCAUCAGUCUUAUUGCCAUUUCGUUCUCUCACCAUUUUGUGUAAUAACCAGUUGGUCCAAUAGCCAUUUAGUUUAUAUACCAUUUGGUCUCAUUUGACUAAUUUUUUUAUCGCCGCAUAGCAGAGCGAUACCAGGCGCCGCUUUUCCAACCGCGACAGCGGCAUCAUCAGCAUUGCAAUAUUAACCAAAGUUAAGUUUUUGAAAUAUCAUCAUAACUUAAAAGUAUAUAAACCUAGUUCAUGAAACUGAGACAUAAGGGUAAUGGUGUAUCACUGAAGAUCCUGCUUGAGUUUCAGGUCACAUGAUCAAGGUUAAAGGUCAGUUAGGGUCAACAGACUUUGGCCAUGCUGGGGUAUUUGUGGAUUUGUCAUCAUAACUUUAAAAGUUUAUGGAUCUAGUUCAUUAAACUUAGAUAUAGCAGCAGCAAUGUAUCCCUGAAUAUCCUGUGCAUGUUUCAGGAACAUGACCAAGAUCAAAAGUCAUUUAAGGUCAAUGAAAUCUGGCCGUGUUGGGGGUAUUUGUUGAAUUGGCAUCAUAACUUGGAAAGUGUAUGGAUCUAGUUCAUGAAACAUCUAAGCAUAAGACUAAUCAAGUAUGAUUGUUUUGCACAAAUCUUAGGUCACAUGAUCAUGGUCAAAGGUAAUUUUGGGUCAAUGGACAUAGUAUUAUAUUAUCACAUGAAUGUUUUUCUUUUGAAUAAUUAUUCAUUAGCUGUUUUUCAAAGUCAGCACUGCUGCUAUAUCGAAUCGUGUAAAGCAGAGGAGACUGCAAGAGGCGUUCCACUUGUUAAUUGGGAAAAAUGAAUGAAAAUAAAAUGGAUGGUAGACCAACUUACUAUGAGAUGAAAUAAUCACAGACUAACUGGUGAUUAUACGAAGUGAUGAUUGAACCAAAUGGUUAUUGGACCAAAUGAUUGUUAGACGAAAUGUUGGUGGACGGAAUAGCAUUAGACUAUAAAAUGAAGAAAAAAAUUGGCAAUUUGCCCUCAUAUACAUGUGUGUAUAUUUACUUUCCAAGUGAAUUAAAAUUUGAGUAUAUAUGCAAUUAUGCAUGCCAAAUAAUUAAUAUUAGCUGAUGCUAUGUGAAAUAAAUGUGUUUGAAAGGUGCUGCAUGUGGUCCUAUUCUUAAUUUCAUUAAUGAUGAAUAUUUUGUGGUAGAAGUAGACUUGGGGCCCAUCUUGAUCACUUUUAAUAAAAGCAGAUGAAGUUUUGAUGAAUAUCCAUCAUAGAAUAGAAGAGUUCGAAAUUUUGACAUUGUAAUUGGAAGAGGGGAUACUCAGAUUAAAGUCGGACAGAGAUGUUCUGUUGA